AAUAAUAUUCUUUGAUUCUGCUAUUUCCUCCCACAACAUUUUUCAUUUCUCUCCACCGAACCCUCACUUCUCUCUCUACUUUCUCUCUCCUCAAAACUUCAACGACCAAAAAAUGGUGAAGGGUCCCGGACUUUACUCCGACAUCGGCAAAAGAGCCAGAGAUCUUCUGUACAGGGAUUAUCAGAGUGACCACAAGUUCACCCUUACCACAUACACCGCCAAUGGAGUGGCUAUCACUUCUACUGGGACAAAGAAGGGCGAGUUGUUUUUGGCUGAUGUCAGCACUAAGUUGACAAACAAGAAUAUUACCACCGAUGUGAAAGUUGAUACCAACUCCAAUCUUUUCACCACCAUUACGGUUGAUGAACCUGCCCCUGGCUUGAAGGCUAUUUUUAGUUUCCGUGUUCCUGAUCAGAGAUCUGGCAAGGUUGAGCUUCAGUAUUUGCAUGAGUAUGCUGGCAUCAGCACAAGCCUUGGUUUGACAGCAAACCCCAUUGUCAACUUUUCUGGUGUUUUUGGAAACAGUACUCUUGCUUUGGGUACUGACCUCUCAUUUGACACUGCUUCUGGAAACUUCACCAAAUGCAAUGCUGGACUGAGCUUUACUAAUGAUGAUCUCAUUGCAUCUGUGAAUGUGAACGACAAACUGGACAUCUUGAAUGCUUCAUACUAUCAUAUUGUGAGUCCACUGACCAACACAGCUGUUGGCGCGGAGUUGAGCCACAGCUUCUCGAGUAAUGAAAAUACACUCAACAUUGGUACCCAACAUGCAUUGGACCCAUUGACUUCAGUCAAGGCUCGUGUUAACAACUAUGGGAAAGCUAGUGCUCUUAUCCAGCACGAAUGGCGCCCAAAGUCAAUUGUGACUAUUUCUGGUGAGGUGGACACAAGUGCGAUUGAAAAGAGUGCUAAACUUGGAUUGGCCUUGGUUUUGAAGCCUUGAAAGUUCCUCGAGAUGAUCUUAAUGGGUUUCUGUAUGGGAAAAUAAGUAGGCAAAUACUUUUUAGUGGAACUUUUUGUUUGGAAUGUAUUGGGUUUGUUGACUUGCGUCAUUUUGGUGGUCAAUUGUAAAAAAUAAUUCUAGCUGGUGGCGAACCAGUUACCUUUUGUUUCCUGCCCUUGGUCUAUGGAUUCUUUAAUGUCGACUGUUUCACUUGAUAAAGUGUUACUUUUUUCCGGAA